AUGACAAUCGCAAAUCUACAUGUGUCCCUCAACGAAAAGGUCUAUGAAAACAAGGGCCAAUCUAUUCUCAUCACAUUCUUUAUCGCACCUUUAAUCUACAUCUUCAUCAAUGAACUGGUGCGUCACAACGCACGAAUCAGCAAUCUCGGGGGACCUUCGGGGUUGCCCUUGAUUGGCAACAUUCGAGAUAUCAGAGUCAACGCCUCCGAGAAAUAUCGCGAGUGGGCGAAGAAGUAUGGGCCAGUUUAUCAGAUCCAGCUGGGCAAUAUUCCUAUUGUCGUAGUUAACAGCGCUGCUGCUGCGAGGCACAUAUUUGGUGCUAAUGCACAAGCUUUGAGUUCUCGACCAGAGUUUUACACAUUUCACAAGGUUCUCUCGGAUACCGCUGGAACCACAAUCGGCACUUCCCCAUACAGUGACUCUCUCAAACGUCGUCGCAAGGGCGCCGCCUCCGCCCUCAAUCGACCUUCAGUGGCAACCUAUGUCGACCAUCUUGACGUCGAAACACGCGACUUCAUUAAAGAGCUGAUCGAAUACGGAAACAGCGGGAAAACGCCUGUAGAUCCCAUGCCAAUGAUCCAGCGCCUAUCUCUUUCCUUAGCAUUGACUCUCAACUGGGGCAUCCGACUCAAGAGCCAGAAGGACGACAUGUUCGCUGAGAUUACACACGUUGAGGAAGAGAUCAGUCGGUUCAGAUCGACGACAGGUAAUCUCCAAGAUUACAUUCCAUUGCUCCGCCUGAACCCAUUCAACUUCCACUCUUCCAAGGCGAGGGAGAUGAGGAACAGACGUGACAAGUACCUCACUACUUUGAAUGAUGGUUUGGAUGAGAGAAUCAAGAAUGGUACUUCCAAACCUUGCAUCCAGGCCAACGUCAUCAUGGAUAAGGAAGCCAAGCUCAACAAAGACGAACUCACAUCAAUCAGUCUCACCAUGCUUUCGGGCGGCUUGGACACUGUCACUACACUUGUCGCUUGGUUCGUUGCGUAUUUGAGUCAACAUCCCGAGAUUCAAGACAAGGCAGUAUCUGAGAUCGGCAAAUUCUUCAAUCAGAAAGAGCCUAUGUGCGAUGUCAAUGAUGACCAGAAGUGCGAUUAUGUCGUCGCUUUGGUCAAGGAGUCAUUGAGAUACUAUACUGUGCUCCGACUUGCUCUGCCGCGAGCUUCGAUUCGCGACAUCGUUUACGAGGGUGUUACAAUUCCCAAGGGGACUGUGGUCUUCCUCAACGCAUGGGCAUGCAACAUGGAUGAACAUGUUUGGUCUGACCCUGAGAACUUCCGCCCCGAACGUUGGCUCGAGCAACCCGAGGCUCCACUCUUCACCUAUGGUGUUGGAUACCGCAUGUGCGCAGGCUCUUUGCUUGCGAACAGGGAGUUGUACCUACUGUACAUGAGACUCCUCAACAGUGUCAAGAUCGAGCAAUUUGAUGAUGUCGAUUGUCACCCUGUUCGUGGUAACUUGGAUCCUACAAGUCUUGUCGCGAUGCCGCGUAGAUACAAGGCUACGUUCACACCGAGAAGCCCUGAUGAUCUGAAGAAGGCUUUGUAG